AUGAUGAGAUAGAUUUUAUUAUUAUAACAUUGGCAAUAAUAGCAUUAAUUGCUGCAAAUAUUUAGCACAAUUCAGAAUAUAUUUUUAAAAACUGUUUUAAUUCAAAAUACUGCCAAAAUCAUUGAAUUAUCUUUGGAACGGGUAAUAACUAAUUAUUUUUAUAGAAUGAAGAACAAUAAAUAGCUAGUGAUUUGCUUUUUAGAAUUAUUGCUCAUAACUGUUGUAAUUUUUAUAUUUUUAAUAUAUAUAUCGGUAAUAAAUAUGGAUUAAAGGUAUAUUUUCCUUGUAUUUAAUCAAUUAUUUUGUCAAAUAAUAAGAAAAGUGAUAUUGAAGAUAAUAAAUUGUUGAAUUAUUUUAUCUAUUUCUUGAAACAAAGGAAAGUAGGGACUAGGUAAUAGUUUAACUCAAGUAAGUGUCACAUAUUGCAUUUGUAUGUUCUUCUACGGUAGCAAAUAAACAAUCUGUUGAGGUAGUAGUAGUUGCAAGACAGACUGUUCAACUCAAUGCCCAUUUAGCCGCAGUUCCUGAAGCUACUUAUUUAGUAAGAGAAUUCUAAGUUAAAUACAGACUAUAUGUUGAUAUCUUCUCUUGACAGCAGUUUUUUUUUGAAUUAGCUAUACAAGAUUCAUCAUAAACAACAAAUUUUGUAUCAGUUAAUCCUGUUCCAACAAUUGAAGCACAAUUAGAAAAACGAACACAAUUCCUUAUAAUGUUGUUGCACAAGCAUUUGA